GGGAAAGGUAGACUACAUAUCGGUAGUGCGAGUAUGUUCUUGGUCGGUGGCAGAACGAUAGGCAAUAGCUCGAAGUUACCUCUUACACAAGAGACGCUAAGCAGCGGAGGAGGUUAAAAAUGGGCGAAACGGUACUCCUCUCUGGCAACUGGUUCGUAUGCACGAUCGGGGAUGCCGACGAGUGCUCUCUGUAGCGGAUGGUUGGCUGAGCUAUUGCUCUUGGCUAGGGAUCGACCACGUGGAAACUCCGGACGGAGUUGGCGGUCAUGAUCUGCACAUGAUUUGAACCUCACCCAGCACACAAGCACAGGCACACACCACCUCGUAAGCACAGGCAGAGUUACACAUUGACCCCACGUACACGCCCUAACGCACGGACGGGUGUAAAUACGCCCGAACUCACGCACAUCACACCCGCACUCGUUCGCACGCGCCGAGAGGCAGACAAACACACACACACACNCACACACACACACACACACACAGAGAGAGAGAGAGAUGACGCGUGUGAUUUCGAACAGCCUGUUGGUGAUUCCUCCGUUCGAAUGCGCUUGGUUGUCGGGGGAGGAGCUACAGUUCAAGAGUCCAGGCAGUGGUUGCCUGUCAUUCGAAGCGAGAGCGGAAAAUGACAUAACGGUUGUCUUCACGGAAGAUAUCGGGGCGCGACAUUACCGCACUGAGCAGAGUCGCAAUUACAUAGUUGUGCUGGGCAGUCACAAGAACCGGCGUGUGAAGAUCGAGGUGGAUUGCCAGCCUGUUGCUGACGUGGAAAGUUCCAUUGACGUCAACGGAGACUUUGCCAAGUACUGGAUUGACAUCAACCAAGGUGUCAUCAGCGUUGGAAGAGGGGAUCCGGGGAAGAAUCUCCUGCUGCGAUGGGUCGAUUCCGAUCCUCAAAAUCAUCGUGUUCGACAUGUAGGACUUAGUAGCUGGGAUCGGUACGUUGGAUACCGCAAUAUAUCCCUUCUUCCCUCUGUAGAUUUUGCCGCCGUGAGUUCCUCUGUCGCGGACGAGGGCGCCACUGCCCUUUUCCGAGAGGUUUCCCACUCUCUUUCACGUUUUCUUAACUGCGCUCAUCUGGCGGACCUGCUGUUUCUCGUUAGACGAUCCACCGACCCAACCUGCUGUUAUUCCCGUUCCGAGGCACUGGAAGACGAGGAAGAUGACGAUGUCAUCGUCGUGCACGCACACAGCGUGCUGUUGGCAUCGUGUUGCUUCAAGCUGGCCGAUCUGUGGCUCGCCGACGACAGGCGAUGUCGAAGUAGUGCACCUGACGAGUUGAAUCGUGUCGUCCACCUGCCGCACGUUGAUGCUAGCGUCUUGAUCUCUCUCUUGGAGUACGCGUAUACGGGAAAGACCCAGAUUCCUUUCCGGAACAUGGCGGCCCUCAGGGAUUUGGCAGCAGAUGUGGGCCUCUAUCCUCUGGUGGCAAGCUGUGAAGCAAUCAUUUUGCAGACUUUGCAGCAGUCAGAAUGUCCUUCGCCCACUGAGACAGUGGAGGUGGCAUAUGAGACUCUCUGUUCUGAAGGGGAAGAUAACUGCUCUGCAUCACCUUUUUCAUUGCUUCCAUUGGACAUGUCUCGGCUAGAAAGUUUCUAUGAGACUGGUGAGUUCAGCGAUGUCACGGUGAUUGUGGGAGGUACCAGGGUGGCGCGUGUUCAUAGACUGGUACUCAGCGCAUGGAGCGACCCUUUCUGCAAGAUGUUUACAAUCGGAAUGAGAGAAAGCCAUGGAACAGAAAUCUAUCUCGAGGACACUUCUCCCAAGGCAAUGCAGGCACUGUUGGGCUUCAUGUACACAUCGAAGUUGGACUUUGAGCAGGAUGAGGUGGAAGAUGAUUUCCUUGUUUCUCUGCUCUUUCUAGCAGACCAGUUUGGUCUGGAUUCUCUAAAGAUUGUGUGCAGCACCUACCUUAUGGACCACAUAUCAGAGGCAAUUCCCUGUACUUCCGGACGGAAGCGGGAGAGCAGGCAGCGUCAAUGUCGGCUGAUCGAGGGAGGAGAAGGGCUUGCUGCGUCGGCAAACUUCGCAAGAGUCGCAAUACCGAGUGACAUCGGUAACGAGGUCGGGCCAUCGGAAUCGCUGUCGAAGCCGUGCGAUAGUGCGGUCGACUCCGAAAUGGCCGGCGAGUCGUGAAUCAUGAUACUCGCCAAGGAGGCGAGUCCGAAUACUACGGUCACGUGGGACACACAAUAAGUCCUUGCCUCUCGAGUGGAGGAGCAAGUAUCCGUUGGCAAUGCGAUAGUGGCUGGCCGGCGGGUAAUCCGAAGAUAGCUGUGCGUACAGCGUGGCGAAGUCCGGAUCAGACUGAUAUGCCCGGAUGAAGUGUCGCUGAAGCUCCUCGUCGAAYGCGAAGGCAUGAUGUGUCAUAGCGCAAAGAUCUGGUCUUCGCGAGAGUGCAUYUGCUGCGCGAUUUGAGAKKCCGGGAAGAUGUUUCGGUGUGAAGUCAAACUGGUCGAUGAAGUACAUCCAUCG